UGUAUUUAUCAUGGGUACUGAACAUUAUUUGUACAUGUGGGGAAAGUAGGCGGGUUUGUUUUGGUACGGGUGAUUGGUUUUUACAAUGAUUGGCUAUUUAUAUAGUAACAAGUACGCAUGAGUGGAGAUGUUAUAUAAGGGUGUGUAUUUGGUAAAUGAGCCAUUCGAAGGCUCAGAUUCUUAACUUAGUUCACGUUUUUUCCAUGCCACUAUGUCCGAGCAUGAGGACGCAGAGUUAAAUCUUCUUUACGACACAUCAAAUAAAGGCCGCUCUCAACGGGUUUCAAGGGCACCAGAGGUUCAGUCGACACGAAGUACUAACGGCAACGUAAGUGACUUGGCGGAUGCAGUAAGUUUGUUCAAAAGCGUAAUCGAUUCUCAGUUUGCAUCAUUAUCUGAAAAACUUUUGACUGAACAGAAAGCUAAUGCAAAAAGUCUCUCUAAGAAGAUAAAAGAAAGCAAAAGCACGCGAAUUCAAGGGGAAGGAAAUCGCAUUCAAUACAUUUUUAACGAAGAAAUUAUUGAAGACUUAGACAAUCUUUCCAUUGUUGUUAACGACAGUUCGGCUGUUUCUGUAAUAAAUGAUAUUAAAGAAAAAUUGCAGAAGCGCAAUAAGCUUAUCAGGAUUGCAGACAGCAGUCCAGCAGGAUGGAAGACUGUUAGGGAAUACGAGCAGAAUGACUACGCAGAUGACUCGGACGACGACAAAAAGAUUCGCAGCGCGGAGUCACGGGCUAUGCGGCAGAAAUUCCGGGGGAGGGGACGGCCCACACCGUACAGCCGUCCGGUGCCAGCAGCAGCAGGGUCUCAGGCGCAGCUUUCCUCUGGCAGUUUUGGUGGCUACCCUCUACUUAAUCAGCCUUUUCGUGCCUUUGGGGGUUCAAGGAGAACCCCCCAGCCUUCAGACGUGUGUCACAGGUGCUUCAAGACGGGACACUGGAAAAGUCGAUGCCCCCUCAACUACACACAAUCCGCCACAGGGUCUGCAGGGGCAAGCUCUUCAGCCGGUCAAUGAUGGUUUUACAGAUAUAUUCCGCAAGGGACGAUGGGCAGAAGCCAAAGCUUACAACAAUCCCGAGCUGGAUAGACUAUCUGCUCUAUUACCGGAGUACUGUGUGAAAGGAAAGGCAGAGAAUACGAGAAGG